AUGCAGCCACUAACGGUCACCCCUGCCGACCUGCUGGCAACAGCAGGCGACGACUUUAGCGAAGAGCUAGGUGAUUGGGAAUGGCUGUUUUUCGAUGACGACUGGCUCACUGACUUAUUAUCAUCCCCAGGCUCCUCGCCCAUCUUCAAGGAUCUCGAUGAAUUCCCGUCGGUGAGCUUCCUCACGGGAGCGGGCACAUCGCCGCUCCUCGACACUCCUUACAGCGACACCUUGGACUCGUUUGAAGCAUCGCCGUAUGACACUCCUCUUGACGCCUUCCUUACAACUCCCAUUUUCCAGGACGGCGAUGCUCCCCUAAUAUCGGAUGCGGAUGAGCCAAUGUUCCGCUCGUACGAAGAACUUUUAGCGAUGCCUGCACCGCCGCCUCCUCCGGCGAAGGCUCCGCAGCUCCCGGAUUUGGAAAAGCUCUAUACCAUGUCGCCUACCUCGCCGGCUGUCGACUUCAUUAAUCCCGCUUCCGUAUAUCCCUCUCCCCUUCUCCCCGCUGAGCAGUCCGUCCCGCCACCGCCAUCUUCUACCCCUGCCGCCGCUACCACUCGGCCGACGAAGCCUACUCCUCGCAAGUCGUCUGCAACGGGCACUCGUAAAAACAUCUCCCCCGAGACCAUGGUUCCCCUUGACGCUCCUACGCAACCGCGGCGCUAUAUCAUCCCCUCUGCGACGUCAAGGAAAGAAGUUCCUGCGACGUUUGCUAGGAAGCGUUCGCGGUCGGCGGCCCUUGGGGAUGAGGAGGACGAGCUUGAACCUCCACCCCCAGAUGCUACGGACCGUCAGUUGAUCGAGUACAAGCGUCGGCAAAACACCCUGGCAGCGCGGAAGAGCAGGAAGCGGAAGCUCGAGCACCAGCAGCAACUCGAGGACAAGGUCGAGACACUGACGCUCGAGGUGGAGCAAUGGAGAACAAAGGCGGAGAUCUAUCAGAGCAUCCUGCAGAGCCACAACAUUCCAUUUCAGUCAUGA